GGACGAACCCGGAAGAAGAAGCCGCAGCAGCUGCUUAGGCGGCCGCCGGAAGUGGAGCGUUGUGUCGUGUUUUGGGUCGGCGGCGUCACAAUCUGCUGACCUUACGGCGCCACGAAGGCUCCGUGAUGGUGUGCGAGAAGUGUGAGAGAAAACUUGGUACUGUAAUUACUCCUGAUACAUGGAAAGAUGGUGCAAGAAACACUACAGAAAGUGGUGGAAGAAAACUAAAUGAAAAUAAGGCAUUGACAUCAAAGAAGGCAAGGUUUGAUCCUUAUGGCAAAAAUAAAUUUGCAGUAUGCCGGAUCUGUAAAAGUUCAGUUCAUCAGCCAGGCUCUCACUAUUGCCAAGGUUGUGCAUACAAAAAAGGCAUCUGCGCAAUGUGUGGGAAGAAAGUCUUGGAUACAAAAAACUACAAGCAAACGUCUGUUUAAUGAUAUACCUCAAUAUUUUGAAGGACCAGCUUAAGCUUAAACAUUUAUUGAACAUUAUCAACGUUGGAAUUAUUAUAAAAGAUUAAAGACCCUUUCAGAAUUUGCAUGGACAUGUGCUUUUAAAUCUACCUAAACAGUCUGACUCAUGCUUUGUGAAUUUACACUAAGUGUAUUCUGAUGCGUCUGGGGAAUUUGAUAUGGACAUGAGUGAUCUGCACUUAAUGGUAUCAGUAGGAAAAAUGUUUAACAAGUGUCUAGCUUAAUUAGAUGCAUAAUUUUAGUAGCACAUUCAUGUUACUAUUUUCAAAUUUGGAUGCUGGGAAAAGAUUAAAAGGCAGCCAAUAUAUUUCAGCUUUAUUUCAUCUUGCAGCUAUUCUGUGAUAUCAGGAAUUAGAGGUUGCAUUGUGAGUUGCUGAAUCCACUAGAAGAGCUGCUGAUGAAAUAAAACUGACAUUCAUUUAUUAUGCUAGUUUACAUCUGGAUAUAUAAUACCAGUUAUAUAAGUUGUGCCCCACCAAGCCAAUCUGAACUUACUAGGAGCUCAGUAAGUUUCCUAUUUUUAUUACCUGCCUGCAGAAACAAAAGAUGGUUGAACAUCUGGCUUGAUGGGUCACACAUUCCAAGUACCUGUUGUGUAAUUAAUGUGCCAGCACUUAACCCUGACAGCAGUAAUACUUUUAAUCUGGUUUUGUUGGGCAGGAACUUAACCUUGAACUAAUCGAUUUAGCAAAGGAUAAGUCUUUACUUUCACUUUAAAGUGCUGAGGCAUUACUUGUAUAUAAAGACAAAACUAUGUAAAACAUUUCCAGUGUGUUGUAGUAAAACAAAGAGUGGCAGCCCAUGUAAUUCUGAGUUUGUAGUGUGCAUUUUCUUAUAUGCUGUUCUUGCUUUCUAAUGUUUAUAAGAAGCUAAUUUUGACCCUUUUGCCGCUUCAAAGCUGCUCCUCCUUCCUUCAGGCUGGCAACCUGGCGAAGCAGCAAUAUUAGUAACUAUCGCCCUUCCUUAGAGAGUGUUGCACAUAUGCGCACACACAUAAAAUCCAUGUGCUCCAAGUAUGAUCUGAAGGCACAUGACGCAUCCACCAUGUUGAAGCUAAGCCUGUCUGGAGCUGGCCUGAACUUGGAAGGGAGACCACCUGCAGACCACGUGUAGCCACCUUGAGUUCCAUUAUGGGAGAAAGGUGGGAAAUAAAUGUGUACUUGUGAGGAAGAGGCAAAUGUGAGUAUGAUUUGUUCUUAAUAUUUGUAUUCAAAUAAAGAAAGCAUUCUUGCCUUUUCUACUUUC